UCGUGCUUGAGCCUUCCUCCAGGGGCCGAGCUUGCCCGCGCGACGCUCACGGCAAGUUCGGUGUUCGCCGGAACCUGUACCAGCAGAACGCAGACAACGACAAUUUAUCCGACGGCUCCAAGAGGGGGCCCAGGUGGGGAACCCGAGCGGACGUGUCGAGCCCUCGGCCCCGAGGGCCCCCUCAGGAAGUUUCCUGGGGGAUGCCUCAGUGGCGCAGGCGGGCCCCGCCGCACGCCCCCCCCACACCGUGCCGCACGUGGCGCACGGUGAUCAGCCCACGGCGUCCACGUGGCCACCAGCCCCGACGUGCUGGCGCGCCCCCUCGGGAGCCUCGCCACAGCCUCAGCUGCUGCGGCCAUUUCAGGACGUGCCCAAGAUAUCGUCCAGCGCGUCCCGCAGGUCGACCAGCUGCCGCAUGGCCGUGCGCGCACGGCUCUUCCAGCACCCGAGGGCCCGCCUCUGGCGCCAUCGCCUCUUCCGCAGCACCUGGCCUACAGCCACAGCCGCGAUGGGGGCCACCUCCGAGCUCUCCGAAAACACUGCCGCGCCGUCCCGCCCAGCGAGGCGCCAACCAGCUGCGAAACCCUCCGCUAAGGCCUCGGCCUCCGUCACAGGAUCCCGCGUGAGCCAGCAUCCUGGCGCCAGCCCGUCGGAGCCGCCCGCGGACACAUCGAUCUCGAACUCCUCGCCCGUCAUUCCCAGCAGCCUGCCCUCGAGCCCGCCGCUGCCGCCGAUGACGUCGGUCUCCAGCAUCGCCUCCCCGUCCUCGCUGGUCGGCGCCAGAGCCCGCUGCCCCUGCUCGUCCACCUCGAGCUCCGAGGCCUGCAAGGCAUGCUCCUCCCUGACCUCCUUCUGGAGGAAGGGCGACUUGCCCCCGAGCUCCGCCGCCAGGCUCCGCUCGGCUUGUGGCUGGCCUGCCACGUGCACCUCCUCGCCCCUCGCGUCGGCCACCCUCUGGCUGCCUCCGAGGCUCCGCCCUCGGGCUCCGCUCGGCGGCCUCCGCGUCGACUCGCUCGCCGACCAGGCAGGAGCAGCCUGGACUGGAGCUCGGCCACGUGGAUCGCCUUCGCGCCGAUGUCGUCGGGAUCCAGCGUCGCCUCCCAGACUGGAGCUCGGCCACCUGGAUCGCCUUCGCGCUGCUGUCGUCGGGAUCCAGCGUCGCCUCCCAGACUGGAGCUCGGCCACCUGGAUCGCCUCCACGCUGAUGUCGGAGGAGGAGGAGGAGGAGGAGGAGGAGGAGGGGGAGGAGGAGGAGGAGGGAGGAGGAGGGGGAGCGAUGUCGUCGGGAUCCAGCGCCGCCUCCCCGCAGGCGCCGCCUCGGCGCCCGAGCCCGCUGCCCCCCGGCACGCCCACGGCUCGGCCACGCAGAGGGGCACCCUUGAAGGGGCCCCAGGACACACAAAUGAGUACGCACAAAUAAAUACGCACAAAUAAAUACGCACAAUAAAUACGCACAAAUAAAUACUCGACGAUUGAUUGUGUCUCUGUGUGCUUUUUCCCCUCCUGAACCCUGCGCGUCCGGCCUCACCCCCCGCAGCCAUCACCGUCAACUCGUCUGCCAGCCCGCGCGGCCGCCGUGCCCCGCGACGGACGGAGAGAGGGAAGGAACCGGCUUGAGCCAAAA